AGAGGCAAUGCUCGCCACUUGCUAGACCUCGAACGCGCGAAUGAGGAGGUCUGCCUUCACUAUUACGGCAAAGGCGAAGUGUUUCAUCUCGUCUUGUCCGACAGACUGCGUGCGCAUUUGCAGAGCACUCUUCAAAGUGCCGAAAAACCGGCAUCAGAUGUGCGAGUUUAUGAUACAGGCGGAGACCUAGAAUGUCCGAGUGCGGGUGGUUUCAACUGGCGUGCGCUUGCCAGCGGUAAGUUAGAUGUGGAAACGAAGACCACGCAAGGUGAAACUGCAACUGUGGAGAAUAGCAGCAGUAUUGGCGCAGUAUCAUGGACAUCGAAUCGGCCAGCAGACAAUUGGCAGGUUUUCUUAGGACGUGAAAUCCGACAGGUUAGCACAGGAGCUGCUGGAGCGGCACAAGGUGGACACGGAAACGUCAUUCAAUUGGUCUACUAUGUUAGGGCUAGACGAUGACGGUGUGUAUGUUUCAUUUUUCGCUACAAUUGUCGUGUCAGAAAUGUUCAACCGACGUCCCUCGCAUUGCGACACUCGAUGUAUGAUAAAUUCUUGUCAUCUACUCUAAUAACCGUCUCGCUCAGAAGAUCUGUUACGUACUACAUCGUCCAAAAAAUAACACGUCCAGCGAAGCCCAACUACCCACUCCUGAUGAAUAUUCGAGAUGUAGAUAGGGAAAUCUUAGCUUGCGAGCCAGAGUCCUGGGUUGGACUUUGUUUAGCUGCUGUGAUGACCCAAAACCAUUUAGAUAGUAGAUUCUGAAGAUGGUUGUCGAUGGGCUUCGCUUGAAUUUACUUGUACGCAGUUCUGAUAUGAACCAAUGUUCUAUUUCUGUUGAUAGCCUUUGUUUCCGCUCUAAAGAAGAUAGCCAAGCGCCACAAGGCGCUGACACAAUUGCAGCAGGACCAGCAGGAUCAACAAGUGACGUAACUGAGAACCCGGAAGAUCCGGCAGGGUGGACACCUGAAGAGUUCGCAGAGAAUAGGACUUUCGGAUUGAAAAUUGAAAAUGCCGAUGAUGAUUCGAACAUCACAGUCCUGAAAGUCCUUGGCGACCGGAAGCGGGCCUGGCGCGGCGCCGGCUGGACGGGCGAAGGAGAAACGGCGUAUCCGGAGUUGACGAAGGAUUUCGGCGAACGAGCAUACUCGAAAGCACACCGCUUUGUGUUGAAAAUGUACGAUAUAAACAAAGAUGAGAGUUGUCGAAAGUUCGAAGCGGCGUUCUUCGAGACGUUUCCGAAGCGGAAGCCACCAAGCGAUAAAGUUGUCUUUCUUGAAGCGGAAGAUGGGUGUAGAGGGACACCGUGUCCAGCUAAGUUACCAGGAGGAAGAGGCGAUCGUAGUAGCAUCUUUGGCGGAAUGUUCUGA